UACUCCACGCUUAUAUGGAGAAACGCGUCUCCUAGCACUUAUUUUAAGGCCAAGUCAUUGCACCUCUCUCCAUCACUGCCCUCCAUAACCAAAACACCGAAGUCAAUCAGAAAACAAAGCUCACAAAACUUCACAGAUCACAGCCCCAAGCAGAAUGAUAGAAGAAAGACAAGCCGGAGCACCCCACGGCGUCCUGCUGGCCGUCGUGGUGAUCCUAGUGCUUGUGGUGCCGUCCCUUAUUGGCGACCAAGGCGAGGCCAUCGCCGAGGCCAUUUCCGAGCUGCUGAGCCCGGUUGGACUUCUGCUCCUCCCCAUCCUCCUCCUCCUCACCAUCCAGUUCCUCUCCUCCGAGCGCGGCUCCUUCAUCUCUAGCAUUUUCUCUACCGGCGAGCCCGAUACCAUCCACAGGGUUAGUGGGUCGCCGGUGGGGGUGGCUUUCGUUCUUAUCAUCGUCUUGUUUCUCUUGUACAAUCGCGUAUCGAUCUUCGGCGGCGGUGACGACUCCGGUGAAUAACAUGGAUAUUGGAUCUUGGUUUUCAAGACGUUGAUUUAUCUUUGGUUUCUGGGUUUUAAUUACUUUUGUGGUAUAUGGGUAUAGAGUACCUACGUAGAAUUGUCAUGUAUACACAUGGUGAUGAAAGACUUCGAGAUUAUUCUGUUCAUGAUUCAGAAAAAUCAGAAUAGUUGUACGAUUUAGAGCUUUGAUUUUAUUAAUCCAGAAUUACCCUUUUGAGAGAC